GUAUCAUUUCUUAAAUUUUUUGUUGAUUACUUUUGUCCGGGAAUCGUAGCAACCAGUCCAGUUAGUCUUAGUCUUCAAAGCUUAAUUGCAUUUUCAGCAACAAGGAUGGAAAAUCUUACGGUACGAAUCGUUUGUUCAGUACGAAAAUCGAAUCGUUCUGGCUCUAUAAUAGAACCAGUAGAAUUUGCAGAUUGUACUGCGGUACGAUUCGCUUCAUUAAAGCGACCAGAAUUUUCAUGA